UUUGAGCACAAUCCACGCGUGAUAGAAGCCUCUCUCGAAUUUCAAAAUCCAAGAACCCCUCUCUCCUAUAUAUAAUACUGAUCCUCUUGUUUCCUUAAUUCAUUAGCUUAUUUUCCAUUUCCUAACCAUUAUUUUUCUGCAUUCUGCUUAGCUUAGGUUAGAAUUUUGAUUUGCACAGGAUCAUGUCUAUGGUGGAGGUGAGAGUUCCAAAUCUUGACUGUCAGGGAUGUGCUUCCAAGUUAAAGAAAGCUCUCUUCAAGCUCAAAGGUGUCGAAGUAGUGGAAAUAGAGAUGGAGAUCCAAAAGAUAAGCGUGAGAGGGUACGCGUUGGAUGAAAGGAAAGUGCUAAAGGCAAUUAAGCGAGCUGGAAAAGCAGUGGAGCCAUGGCCAUUUCCUGGUUACUCACAUUAUGCCUCAUUUUACAAGUACCCUACAUACAUUAAGAACCAUUACUACGACACCUACAAAAACGAAACCACCACCGGUGUACACACCUUCUUCCACACUCCGGCAGUUUAUUCAGUCGCCGUGGCGUCCGAUGAGGCCAUUGCUUCACUCUUUAGUGAUGACAAUCCACAUGCUUGCACUAUUAUGUGAGCUUGCUUUCUUGUUACCAAUUUUGGUUUUGCUGCUAUUUGAUUUGUCAUCCAAGUUUCCGGCUUCUGUUGCUUGGUUUUCAUGUUGUGUAUCGAGGUUUCAUUUGUUUGGGAAGUCCAUCUUCUACAUUGUUGUUCAAGAUCGAGCAAGUUUUGCAUCU